UAGACAAUUAUCAGGACCAUCAAGCAGCAGAAGGCAUCUUGUCCAGCCCGAUCCCUCCAAUGCAGUUCCCACACUUUGAGGAGAGCAGACAGAAGGCCACCACUGGGUCUCGGGAGCAGGACAUAGGCUCCCUUCAUGUCUCCAAAAGACAGCGCAAACUGCUGAAAACAAGUCCCCCAAUCAGUCACACCAACAAUAAUGUUUCUGUGUCUUCUUCCUCUUCUUCCUCCUCAUCCUCAGUCUCCUCCUCCUCUGCCUCUGUCUCUUUUUCCCCCGAUAUCCUACAAGCACGGCGGAAACUAAUGAAGGAUGUGUGUGCUAAGUACAAAAGCAGAAUCUCCAAGACCAUCACAGGCGAUCAUGUGAAACACCUGUAUGUGGAGGACAAGCACAAGUUGUUGUACUGCCAGGUGCCCAAGGCCGGCUGUUCCAACUGGAAAAGGACCCUGAUAGUGCUGGCAGGCAAGGCCCGCAAUGCUCAGAGCCUUCAACACGACACAGUCCACUACGGCCAGAAACUCAGGACACUUAACACCUUUGACCGUCAGGGAAUCAUGCAACGCUUGGAGACCUACACCAAAAUCGUUUUUGUGCGAGAGCCCUUGGAGAGAAUCGUGUCAGCAUACAGGGACAAGUUUGAAAAUCCCAACAACUACUACCACAAUCUGUUUGGGAAACCCAUCAUUUCCAAGUACAGGGUGAACCCAUCCUGGGCAGCCCUGAAGACAGGCAACGGGGUCACAUUCAAGGAGUUUGUUCGUUACCUGCUGGAUGUCCACCGGCCAGUGGGAAUGGACAUCCACUGGGAGCAGAUGAAUCAGCUCUGCCAUCCUUGUCUCAUAGACUAUGACUUCAUUGGCAAGUUUGAGAACAUGGAGGAAGAGUCCAACUUUCUUUUGCGAUUGACUGGGGCGCCACCCAACAUCACACUGCCCACUUUUAAAGAUAGGAACCCAACCGACCUGAGGACUUCUCUGCAGAUCACACAAAAAUACUUUUCACAGGUCAGCCAGUCGGAGAAACAGCGAGUGUACGACUUCUACUACAUGGACUAUAUGAUGUUUAACUACUCCAAGCCUUUUAAAGAUUUAUAUUGACUGACUCCUAUCAAGACGCUUGAAUCACAGUCACAUUCCACUACGCCUACAUCGCCACCAUGAUGAAAUAUUAACAUGAAAAGGCUCAUUCACAUGCUCACAUGAAUCUUUGCAUCUAAGCAGAGAGAUCAGAGACCAAACUUCCUCUGAAUUUCGCAAAAGCUGCUUUUUAUGAAUACAUUUCUACCAGAUUAUCUUAAUUUUUAGACAACUCUGAGAUGAAAAGAUUCAUGUGAUGUCAUAUUAAAUGCUCAAAAUAGUUCUGGAAUCCACAUGGUGAGGUAGAAUAUGAAAAUUAUAAAUGUUAUGCUUAUAAAAAAGUUUAUUAUUGUUCAACAGGCUUUAAAUUAUGCCUCACUGUGAG